AUGCUGUUCGCAAGUCUCGCACUGAGGCACGCAGGUGGCGCCUGUAACGUAGUGAACGACGGGACAGCGGCGCGGCAAACGCAGACGUGGGCGUCAGUAGCCCGCGGGUGCUUCGUAGCGCACAGACACACCGUGGGUGCUGCGGAGCAGCUCCGUUCAGCGCAGCGUGGAACGUUGGGGUGGGUCCGUGCUGCGUCACGGGAUCCUAUCGACAAGGUUCCCCAUAAUAUACAUCGAGGAAUCAUGCCGGGCGCGCGCUUCGUGUGCGUUCCGAGCGAUGAAACGGACCUGGCCUUCAAGACAGUGCGAGCACGGCCUCGUCCGGAGAACGCGAUCCCCGAGAUGGAGACAAUGCUGAACGUGUCGCUGGAGGAUCUGGAGGAGCUCUUGACGACAGCCUUCGCGCGCGUCGAGGACUUCUUGACUAAAGAGUGCGGCGAGGCUGAGAGGAAACAUAUUCUCGCCCUGACGCGCAUUGAGGCGGAGAGCUCGGCGGUCUCACGCGACAUCCAGGCGGUGACGACUCUCUGGGGCCGGGAGGACUUGCAGGCGACGUGUCGGGCUCUGAGCGUGCCGGGCAGGGAGCUGCGCAGGACCGCAUUCAGCACCGGUGGAAAGUCGGAGAUAUGUGCAACGCUGCGGGAUGCCAAUGGGGACAAGUGGGGGCCGGCGAGCUGCAACGACAUCCUCUGCCCCGUCCGGAACGCUCAGGUGGAGGACUUGGAGGUAUGUGCGCGCGCCAGGCACGCGUGUCAGGCGGACCGCGCGAGCGCAAAACCCACGCUGUGGGUGGGGCUUGGGGCGAGACUCAGCCACGCAUACGGGGCGCAGCUCCCCGCUGAUUUGCGCGAAUACGAACACCCGGCGCUGAAGCGGAUCGAGGUCGACGUCGUUCUGGAUGCCACGUGGUCGCCGGCGCAGCCCAGGGCCGUGGAGGUCCGCCAUUGCCCAAUGCCGGAGACCUGCGGAGCGACUUCGCUCUCCGCGAAGAUGGUCGUCGGGGAGAGGGUGCUCGCGGACAUGGGCGACGCGAGGCGGGCGGCGCAGAUGGUCACGAGCGGCGUGCGCGACAACGGGGCCCUGCACGACCUCUCCGUCAACGCGCUGGUGCCCCCGACACCUGGCGGCGUCGCGGCGCAUUUGAACAGCCGUGAGCAGGACUGGGACCCCGCUGGGCGCUUCCCGGCCGUCUCGCUCAUUGUAGUCACGGCACUUGCGCUUCCUCGCGUGCUGGAGGCGUUCCUGACGGUGCCUGACGGCAUGCGGUGGCGGAAGUGGACUCCCAGCGACGCUCGGCCGAAGCCGGCGCUGGGACUGGUGGCUGAGAUCUCGGACCCCGAGACCUUCUGCCGCCCGCGCCCCGCGCCUGUGCCGUGGAGGCUCCUGACCGACAAGCUCGCGCAGCACCGCGCCACGCUGCGGUGCGUCGACGUCGCCGACGAGAUAGUGCGCACGGGGCUGAUGCGGUGCGUCGUGAACGGCAUUUCGGACUGUAUGGUGACGCACGGCGACAUGGCACUGGUUGACGCGGCGAUAAGGUCUGAGAUCGAGUUGUUCUUCGGCGACAGGUACAUGCUGGAGCCGCGCUUCCAGGUCAAGAACGUCCCUGAGGACGAGCUCGAGGAGAUCCUGCUGACGACGCUGCGUCGCACCAGCGGGUUUGUCGAGGCGGCGUCGCACGGGCCCCAAGGCCACGGGCUCGUCUUGGCGGUGCUGACCCGCUUCGAGGCCGAGUGCUGGGCCCGCAGCAGCGAGCUCAAGGCCAGGUCGACUCUCUGCGACCUCGAGGGCCCCUCAGUCGACGCCUUUUGUCGCAUGAUCAGCACCGAGGGCAGGCAGCUGCGCGCCGACGAGGCGUCCGGAAGCGACGAGUUCUCGCGGGUGUACGUGACGCUCACGCACGACGGCACCACGCACGGCCCGCUUGAGUGCAGCUCUGUUGUCGACGGGGAGCGCUGCUUGGCUGCGGUGGCUGCCCGCGACGCGUACAACGCGGCGCGAAUCCUCGGCGACGAUGACGCCGACCAGCUGCUGUGCUUCCGCGAGGCCAUCGAGCUCGAGGUCUCGUGCGGUGCGCGCGGCGACCCCGGCCCGUACCCAUGCGACGUGAUCGGGAGGCUGGCGAAGCAGCACGACCACAAGAUCAUCAUCGACCUCGCGCCCAGGGACGCCGAGUCGGGGAAGCGGAUGUCCGAGGCCGUCGCGGCGUCCGGGGAUUCGGCGGUGAUGACAUCAAAGUUUCUUUCAAACGUCCUCCGCCGGCCUGGAGCGCUGCGGGCGGUCUGUGAGGGCGCCCUGGUGCACCCAUCAGACCACGCAGCUGCUCGUCGAGCACCGGAGCAGGCCUGGGACGACCAGGGGCGGUUCCCGGCGGUGUCUCUCAAUGUUUGCUCGUUGCGCGAGGAGGGCAAUGGCCGGUCCAUAUUGUGGCUGGAGCUGCCGCCCGGGAUGCGCUGGCGGCCGGCGGCGGGGCACCGCUGGGAGCGCGGCGUGCCCACGCGCGUCACGCCGGUCGUGGCCGAGGUUGUCGACGCGAAUCUCGUGCGCGCUGCGGAGCGAUGUACGAAGCUGAAGACGUGGAACAUGCUCGCCGAAAACACUCGGAAGCUGGCCGCCCGUGAGCCAGCGGCUGCGAUGGGCGAGGCCUCGAGUGCGGGCACUUAG